GGCGGUGCCUAUCACCCGCUAAUCGCAGAAGCGAUGAAAGACCAAGGUGGAACGACAACGGUGAUUAACCAAGACAAAACCCUCUACGAGGCCAUCAAACGCUUCAAUGUGGAUACGACCGCCGCGCAACCGCUCGCGACUGGAGGACAGUUUGGCAUUUCGACGACAGCCGCCGACGAUGAACUGCACAAGGAGAUCAUGAAGAAGUACGAAGAGAGCGUGGAACGAAUUCUUGAGCUGGAAUCACGUGGGGACGGCAACGCGAGUAAGGUUUUGGAUUUGGAGGAUGAAUUGAAACGUACGAAGGAUAGACUGAGCGAGUGCUUGGAUGCACUCCGCAAGAUUCACAUGGUCUCGAAAGAGCCAGUUCCAGUCGAGGGAAGCAGCGAGCGGUCAUCUGGCGCCCAAUCGCCAGCCUCACUAGCCCAAGUCGCGCCGCCCGAGGUGUUGCGUAGCGUGCGUCAGGCGUUGCGCAAUCGCGACAACGAACUGCAGCUAAUGCAGCGCAAAAUGAAGAAUACUGAAUCACAGGUGAACGAUUUGGAGAUUCAACUGAACAGCGCAGAAGAGACACGAAAACGUUUAGAGAAACAACUACUCGACACCAAGAAAGAACUGACAGCACAAACAAGAGCAUUGGACGAUGCGGGUCGUGAUAUCAAACGUUUGGAAGAGCGUUUAGCCAAGGUUGAGUCGGAACGCAAUGUACUCGAUUCUGCGAAGAAGCAUUUGGACGAUGAAGUGAGACGUCUCAAAUCAUUGUUGGAUGCCAGUGCGACAGAUGGUGAAAAGAAAGCGUUAGAAGAAGCGGAAGCUCGAAUCCGAGAGAUUGAAGAUGAAACCAAAAAGAGGUACUUAUUAUUUUUUACAACGUGUAUAUUUUUGUUAUAA